AUGCGCGCUCGCGAAAACUUUACCAGGAAGCUGGAAACAGCGCUCGACGGCAUCGCGGAAUUGAACACAUUGUACGGUGCCCCGUCGACCUCCAUUGGUGUUCUUCACCACGGUCGUGUACUACUCUCACGCUCCAUUGGCAACAGAGAUGGUGAUCCAGGCCACCCUGCGGACGACAGCAGCGUCUAUCUGAUCGGUUCCUUAUCGAAAGCCUUAGUUGCGGCAGCGGUCGGCAUUCUUGUCGAUGAGGGAAAAUUGAGCUGGUUUGACAAAGUCUCCGAGCACCUACCCGGAUUCGAUCCAAUAGGCGAUCCGAGCAUUGCUCGGGAAGCAGAUUUUAUCGAUCUUUUGAGACACUCCUCCGGUCUGGGAAAUCCGGUCGUCCGAGUCAUCGGACCUUUUGGUACCAUCGUGUCGUCUGAGGAGAAAUUCAUGGAUCUUGUGAACGCAACACAGACGACUAAUGAACAUGGAAAUCAACGGUUCAACAGAGAGUUCGAAUACAGCAACAUCAACUACGCCAUUGUCGCCUUGGUGAUCGAAAGAAUCACCAGUUUAAGAUUCGCCGACUUUGUCCAGAAACGCCUCCUUGAUCCUCUGGGAAUGAAGCAGACGCUGGUCACGAAGCGUGGCGUAAAUUCUGUCCAUGACAUGCUCAUCUGGUCCGCGGCGUGGUUGUCUGCACAAAGCGAGGAACGUAUGUCUUCAGCUUGUCUGGAUGUCUUGAAGGGGGUUGCGAAAAACCCACUUCGACAGGUAGACCGAAUUUUCAAGCCAGCAUGGCAGCUUUCGAUCGAGCAGAGAACCAACAAGCCGUCGACUUACUGUCUUGGAUGGCUUCGAUCGACGAUGCCCACGUCGGACGUCAAUUGGGGCUCUCUUAACAAAAGGACCAUGGAAGACGACACCUAUCUCGAUUAUAUACUUGGUACAGAAUCACGCGAGAGAGUCAUGACGAAGCACACUGGCAUAGCUUAUAACACAACUUCAACAAUGUUCUUGUUUCCCGAGACGAACAGUGCGGUGAUUGCCAUGGCGAAUGGUCGAAGGAGAGGUGAUGCAAGCGACUUUGCUGCCCAAAUCAUGAUUCAAGAGCUAUUCGAUCUACAGCCAUAUGUCGAUAUUCUUGCGAGAGCCAAGAUUGAGACCGAACGUGGUGCUGUUUAUCGUCACAACAUAGUCAUGGCAGAGUGGUUGAAGAACCGCGAUGUAACGGGUCUCGAGCGACUGAAAGACUACGUUGGAGUCUACACAACCCAAGGCACAGAGCUUCAUGUGAAUCUCGAUCGAAAGAUCAAUCGGCUGGUGCUGCACUUCAACAAUCGAUCUGACAAGCCAGUGCAUCUCGAGUACUACAACAAGGACACAUACUGUUUCUUUCCCACUACUAUUGACGAACACUUUUCGAAAGGCUUCUUUGAUUUCGACAACUACUUGGUUGGUCUUCUUCAAUUCACACGCGAUGAUGCUCGUUCGGUGAGUGGGCUUUUCUGGACAUGGGAGAUUGAGUCGAAACCGAUCUGGUAUAAGCGCGAGGAUAUCCUGCGAGCCCGUUCACCAGAGACCAGUCCGAAUAUAUCACCAAAAGUUGGCGCUGGACGUACGGCUCCUCUGAUGCCGAAUAAUGUCAUCGUGGCGAAGGGGAUCAUGGCCAACAAUCCCAAAAGCGGCCUACUAUGGAGUGAAGUCCUGAAGAUGUCUUCAACUUCAGCAAUGAGAAGGGUCCGAGCGUGA